GACACUUUCGAACGGCGACAAACUUGAAUUCAACAAAUUUGAAAGCGAAGAAACUGGAGUCGGGGCUUUCUUUCUUGUAUCUUUCAGCCGAGGUCCGAGACCAACCUUAUAACAAGUUCUGGACCUACAACGGUUUCAUACAGCUGACCCUCAUUGGUAUUGUCUUUGAAGUACAACAUCGGCUAUCCCCAGUCCCUCCUCCACCACAGCCACAUCGCCCAGAUCCACGUAAAGCACCCCGCUAGGACCUUGUCUGAAACUCAGUGUAUAUCGAUCAUACGAAAGCAUGCUCUCGCGGCUUCCAAGAACCUCUCCGGUCAAUCUCAUUGCUUCUAGCGAGCAAGCAGAUCCUCUGGGAGGCGGUUGCGGAACUAGCGCAAAGGGCGUCAUGGAGAUUUGCCAAUGACCACAUCCAAAAAGGAAUAAUGAAGGAAUCCACACCAGGAUAUAUAUUCCACAUGAUGGCUGCAUCAGAACGCCAAGACAUGUUGCUGUGGAAGACAAAUAACCCUGACCUUACUGUCUCUCUUGAGUUGACCCCGAGGUGUAUCUGCAAGACAGUCAAAAGCUAUGGCCUGAAAUUCGCAGGAAAGCAGUUCGAACAUAAGAUUGCUUCUGUUCGCGAUCUGGACCAACCAGACCAACAUUUCUAUUCAACAGCACCCCGGGACGGUUCAGUGGUGCGUCACCUCUCACUCACCUUGAGUCUGGCGUUCGACAACGUGGAACCCUACAUCGUACCGAGUCAAAAUGCUGAUCACAAAGCGACCAGAAGAGGAGCCUCGUCGACCGUACAUGCGAGGAAAGCAAUUAUGGAAGCAGCGCAUUCUACUGUUAUGGAUCUUGGAAAGGUACUGCUAGGUCAAGAGAAACUGGUCUGCGAGCAAGUAGAUAGGGGACCUACGCAUUCAAGCUCAGCAGAUGAUGGUUCGCCAGGUCAGAAUUUAGAGCAAUAGUGUGAGUGAUCAGACGGGAAAGAUAAGAAUUUGGAGUAGUGUUGUAGUCACCAGGGACAAUAGAGGCAGCUUUAGAGUGAGA